CGUGCCCACCAGAACAGCCCGUCCCCGCCCCCUGGGUCCCGCCCACCGCGCCCGUGCCCACCGGGACAGCCCCUCCCCCACCCCCGGGGCCCCUCCAGGCUAAGGCUUCAAGGCGCUUGUGCGGGGAGAGAUCCAACCCCAGCCUUAUGCGUGUGCACACGCCUGCCAAACUGGGGGUGUCCCUAGGCGUGCAUGUCCUUGUGUGUGGUAGCAUGCACAUGUGUGUUGUCACGGGUGUGCAGAUGCUUGGAGGUUGUCUGAGGGGAUGCGCGAGGCAUGUGGGUGGUGCUGGGGGCCGUAUCUCCCGAGCCCCCUGCAGCCAAUGGCCCACGAGCGUUUGCAGGGUGGGUGCACACACAUUUCCAUGCGGCGGGGGGGGGGGGGGGGAGUUCACGCCGGGACUUGUCUCCUGUUCACCACUGCCCCCCCUCUAGGUUUUUGAAGAAAAAGCUGUGGCCGGUGAUUCCCAGCCCGGAGCACAAAUUCGAGGGGCUUUUCACCCUCUACAAGGGGAACUUCCAGCUCUGGCUGGGACAAAGAAAUGCCUACCUGUGGUGGAGCGCGAACCCUGGUUAUUUGGAGGAGCAGCCCACCAUGCUGGAAGUGCUGUCCGAGGGCCGCGAAUCCAAGGUGGAGGGGCCGGUGCCCCCUCUGCCCCCCAAAGCCCAGGGCUCGGUCCCGCCCGCCCGCCCUGAGCCGCCCGCGGAGCCCCAGGAUGACUACCUGGUGCUGGAUGAACAGCUGAUACCAUGCAGCCUGGGCAAGGACUCUCUGCUCCUGCCGGAUGCCCGGAGCAGUGCGAGCUCUGAAGCGCCCCCUGCCAUGGGGCAGGAGCUGGGCUCCCCGGGGGCGACACCGGAGCCCGUCCCAGAGGAGCGGGUCUCGUCCUCCUCCAGCUUCGAGUACACCGUCUUCGACCCCAGUUCGGAGCUGCUGGCACCCUGUGGGCACCAGCGCCCGCUUAAAUACAGCUACCUGCUGGUGUCCGACUCCGGGAUCUCCGCUGACUACAGCCCCCUGGGCACCAGCACCAACCGGCCCAACCUCUACACCAACCUGUGCCAGGAGGAGUGCCAGGCCCAGCCCUUCCCAGCCAGCUACGUGGUGUGCUCAUAGUGCCGGCGGACGGGCACAGGACUCUGGGCCUGGAGAACAGAGAUGGAACCCCACGUCUGCCGGACGUCCCGGCAGGACAAAGAAAAGACCCCGUCCCAGCAGGACGUUGAGGGGACCGGGGAUGAUAUAAAGGAGACCCCCCAUCCCAGCAGGACGUUGAGGGGACCCCGUCCUGGCAUGACGUAAAGGACACCCCAUCCCAGCGGGACACAGAGGAUGGAUAUAUGACCCCAGCACCAGCUCCCUCUUGCCUGGGGCUUGCAAGGCUGUGGUGGAAGCCAAUGGAGGUGGAUCCGAACUGCCCCAGGUGGAUCCGAACUGCCAGGCCGGAAACUCCCACUGGGCCGGAUGGGCCACGGGCAACGCGGCCGGUGCCGGCGGUCACAUCCGCGGAGCAGAUGGUCAAGGACCAACCUGCCAGCAGGGAACGUGACUGCCAAUUCCUCCCACACCAGAGCUGGCUUGGAUUCGAAACACGAGCUGGGUGGAAGCUGCAGCCCCUGUGCCACCAAGGGGAGCCCACCCACUCUGCGACCCCCCAAGCCUGGCUCGGCUGCAAGGGAUGCUGGGAGUCCUGCAAUCCUGCUUCGUGCCCAGUGACACGGACUUCCUGCCCCUUUUCUUUUUGUACUUAUGUGUAUAGGGGGGAAGCUCAAAAAGCCCCGUUACUCCUGUAAAUCUGUUACUGCUGUGACAGGGGCUAGAGGUUGGGGGAGGGCCGGGUGUCUGGACUCUUGGGUUCUAGCCCCAGCUGUGGGAGGAGAGUGGGGCCUAGUGGUUAGAGCUAGGGGAGCUGGGAGUCAGGACUGCUGGGUUCUAGCCCAGCUGUGCCACAGACUUGCUUUGUGACCUUGGGCAUGUCCCACCCGACCUCUGCGCCUCAGUUUCCCCAUUUGUAAAACUGGGCUGACAGUACUGACCGACCCGGGCUGUCAUUCGGAUCUUCCCUCUGCUAUUAGUAUUUAACUCCACGGGGUUGUCCCUGCCCUGGGGUGCUCCCGGAUGGCCUGAUUCGCCCUGGCACCACCACCAACCCAUGGGGCCAGCAUUGAAACGCCUGGGGUUGAGGGCUUUCUCCUACCUGCCCGGCAGUGGUGGGGCCCCAACUUAGGGCAGGGGCUUGUUAAAGGGGAGCAGGUGGGGCUGGCGAGGAGGGCCAGUGGGGGUUGAGAAUCCCCCAGAACUAGGGGACUGCCCCACAGUGCAGAGUGCCCUGGCAGGGGUGGGGCCCCACUCGGAGCCCACAGUAGCUGGAUGCGUGAUAGAUCUUUGCCUUUUAAUAAAGAUGGGUUUUUUCA